CCAGUGUGUUGGGCGGCAACGUUGCGACACAGUCGCCCCCUUCGAUGCGGUUCUGUGCUGUUGUAGCUGUGGCUUUUGUCAUUUUGGACAGUGUCAUUUCGGAUGACAAAGCUGAAGUCGACAUUCGAGUAUCCGGGGCUUGCUCUCCAGUGUACUUGCAACGAAAAGGCAUCGACAUAAACAAAUAUCGCCCUUCCAUACGUUUCAAUCCAGAUAAAAUACAACUGGUGCCAAAGAACCCUGUCAUCCCAGGAUGUAUAAAAAUCAAGGCGGAAGGCGUUGAGAUCACGCGACCUAUACGAAAUCUUAUAGCCGAAGUAGAACUUCGUAUCGGAGGUACUCCAGAUCCAUCAAAUCCUACGCUUCCCUGUUCCAAAAAGAUAGACGAAAAAGUCAAUCAAUGUCCAUGUGCGAAGCUCGAAGGAACCUGUGUCUUCUGUGAUUUCUGCAAACAACUCAAAGCACAGUCAGCAAAAAUAUCUGCAUCACGGCAGGUUUCUUCGCAUAAGAGUAUUGAUGACGAUUGCAAAUGUAAUGAAAUGCAGCCUGGUCUAUACGAUAUCGAAACGGAAAUGUGCACUCCACAAAUCGACGAUGUGAAAGACUAUAUUCCUCCAGAGAUACAAGCUAACAUUUUGGACAAACGACCAAUUUCGAUGUUCAUUACCGUUUAUCUCAUGGAUCUCGAGUCAAAGAAUGAAUCUUACCUAUCAGCAUUUGGUCGCGCCAUUUUACAGCGAAGAAUGGCACAAAGCACCGUUGCCUGCUUCCUACUCGGAAUAGAUGUUAAACUUGCUCUACCUCAAUUCAAUUGAUCAUUAUAGCACAUUGUAGUUAUUGAAAUGGCAUUUAUUGUAUAGUUACCAGCAAUAUCAGUCUGAACGUGUCUUUCAUCUUGUGAGUGCGAGUGAUCUGAUAUCCUUAAAUUAGUAAUGAAUAUGAUCAAAG